UUGCAUUGCAACCAAGUGACUGUUGAUUCUAGCUUGAAGAAACCAACCAUCCUCUGCCCGUCCAAACCCCCAGAACAGCGCCAAUAAACCAGGGCCAUGGCGCCGGCCCUCACCAUUGUCGAAACUGCACUACCCAACCAUUCCACACAAAAGAAGAGUAGCAAUCUUCUUGAGAACACCGAGUCCAAAUUGACGCCCCUAGAGCGAUCGGAGCUCGCGCUUGCCGACAAGCAUAGCUCUCCAGAUGUGUACAUCAACGGCGAGGAUGACACGUGUUGGCAUCCGUGGAUCAACGACCUGGAAUUAAAGCCUCUGCGCUUCGAGACUCGCACCGGUACGUUCGUGGUCGUCUUGCGCAGCACCAAAGAUACCUGGCUCGGAAAACAUCGACACCGAGGAAGUGUGACGGCGGUCACAUUGAAGGGAAGUUGGAACUACAAAGAAUACGACUGGGUUGCCAGACCCGGGGACUACGUGGUUGAGAAUCCAGGAACGAUCCACACAUUGCACAUGGGCGCAGGUGCUGAAGUGGUCUUCACCAUCACGGGAAGCUUGGAAUACUUCAAUGAUGAUGACUCCCUCAAAAACACAAUGGACAUCUUCAGCUAUGCCCAUUUAUACUAUGAGCAUUGCAAGAAGAAUGGGUUGAAGCCGAAUGAUGGCCUUUGGUACUAAAGGACUUGCUGAAAGGCAAAUGUCUGAUGAUUCUGAUGCUAGUAUUCAAGGGCCUUAAAGGCUCUCUAAGUAUGAGAGUACGUCAAUUGUCACUUACCACGCGUAUUCCUCCAGCAGAGCUUGAUCACCAAU